CCGAGGCAUCUCAUACCGACUAGUGUAGCUCAGCUUUACAGCCCUUCACAAAGACAUUCUCACUCAUCAUGAAGUUCACUCGUCUUGCUGCUGGGCUCGCUCUCCCACUCCUUGCGGUUGCCACUCCGAUGCCAGGUGGAGUCAAAACCAUCACGGUGACUGCACCUGCUCAGCCAGCGCCAACUGGUGUCUCUCAGUGCAAUACUGGUCCUAUCCAAUGCUGUGACAGUGUUCAAUCUUCCAGCUCCGGUGGACUCGUCAGUGUCUUGCUCGGCCUUUUGGGCGUCGUCCUCGACGGAGUCAACGUCCCCAUUGGUGUUACCUGCUCUCCGAUCACUGUCAUCGGUGCGGGUGGUACCUCGUGCUCUGCUCAGCCCGUGUGCUGUGAGAACAACAACUUCAAUGGCCUCAUUGCUGUUGGCUGCUCUCCCAUCAACAUCAACCUUUAAAGGAGUCGAAUGCAACUAAGAAGAAGAUCGUUAUUGUUCUUAAAGGUCUCGGAACAUCGUACUGUUUUGUAAUGCGCAUGUGGAUUUUGCGGACCAGUGUUGAUUGCACGUCAAUUCGGGCGCCGCUGCCGAUGUUUAUGCCCAGUUUUCUCUUUCUUAUUUUUGGGCUUUGGUUGUAUUAGGGAUUAUUGUGAUGAAAUAAGAAAAAAUUUGACACGAAACGAAUGCCUGGCUCGCUCGCAAAAAGAGUUUAAGAAUAGCUUGGCGCAUCAUGCAAAUCGUGAUCUUUAC